GGCGGAGCAAGGUCCAAUGGCGAUAGCUAUGCGGCUAAGAAAUCAACUACAGAACGUUUAUAAACUUGAUCCUUUAAGGAACGAGGAAGAAGUGAAGAUAAAAAUCAAGGAUCUGAAUGAACACAUUGUGUGCUACCUGUGUGCAGGAUAUUUCAUUGAUGCCACGACUAUUACCGAGUGUCUUCACACCUUCUGCAAGAGUUGUAUUGUGAAAUACCUCCAGACCAGCAAAUAUUGUCCAAUGUGUAACAUCAAAAUUCAUGAAACACAGCCUUUGCUAAAUCUUAAGCUGGACAGAGUAAUGCAAGACAUAGUUUACAAACUUGUUCCGGGUCUACAGGAAAGUGAAGACAAGAGAAUCAGGGAAUUUUAUCAGUCAAGAGGUCUUGAGCGCAUCAUACAACCGUUAGGCGAUGACUCAUUGCCAGAUAAUACAGGAUUACCGUACACCAGCUUUGAUCACUCUAAAGCCCAUUUCUACAGAUAUGAUGAACAAGUCUCGCUAUGUCUGGAGAGACAAAGAACUGACCCCUGUUUUAUACCAAAACUGUUGAGGCAAAACCAUUCUGUGAUGCUUUUUGAUGCACAGGAAAGCUCGUCGUUAUCUGGAAAAGACAAAAAUAAAUUAACUUUACAGCAGAAGUUUGUGCGUUGCUCAGUACGAGCUGAGGUCAGACACCUGAGGAAAGUACUGUGCCAUCGACUCAACGUGGAGAGGCACCAGGUCCAGAUGCUAUUUAAUAAUGAAUCCCUACCAGAUCACAUGACCAUGAAGCGUCUCUGGUUGUCACACUGGUUUGGAAAGGCUCAACCACUGGUUCUUCACUAUGCCAUCAAGGACAAGAGAGCAAGAUAGGAUAGGAAUAUAGUAUCUACUGAUGUAAAUAUUUUGUAUUUCACAUAUUCUAUUUUAAUAGUUUUUUC